AUGGCUUCAUCUGAGACACCUUCGGUGGGCACGAGUUCUGCACCACAUUCCCCACCCCCGAUCCUGGAGCCACCCAGCAGCCCAGAGUACUGGCACACCAGCUUCCGGAGCUUCCGGGGCUUCCGACGGCUGAACCAGCAGCAGGACCCAGACCCACUGCAGGACCUGGUGAUGCUGAGACAUCUGUGCUGGUGCUGGCUGCGCCCUGAUCUCCACUCGAAGAUGGAAAUUCUCGACAUGCUGGUGCUGGAGCAGUUCCUCAUCUCACAACCCCUGCACUUGCAGGCGCUGGUGUUGGAGAACGGGGUGAAGAACUGCCAGGAGCUGGAGCAGCUUCUGCAGAACCUCCAGAAACCCCAGAAAUGGAGUAUCGUUACUGUAGACGGAAAGACAUUUCUUGCACGACACUCGGAUGCUGGGAAGGCCCCAGAGGAGGACAGCGUGCGACCUGAACCCCAGGACUCAGUGUGUGAAACACCUCCAGAGACUCCCCUGGGGGUCAGCACAGGAGGACAGGAGCCGCCGCAGACCUGCCAGGAAUCAGGGGGACAGGUGUUCUCAGGAAACAGGCCAAGUUACAAGCAGGAGGCUUUGAUGCCUGAGCUGGAAUCAGGUUUUCUGGACACUGAGAGGAGUCGAGAUGGAGCUUCUGGGAGCACUGAGGGUGCGCACAGGUUGCCAGGCGCAUCCAAAAGAAAAGCUUCCCCAAGCGCAUCAGGGCCACGGCGCUCUCAGCGAGCGAGAUGCCCGCGCGCCGCCAGCCCCUCGGGAUCUCCGCAGCGAAAUGGAGCCUCACCUCGGGGCCGUGUCCCCGCAGCCAGACCAGGGGAGCGCCCCCCACUGGUGUGCGACCACUGCCCCAAAGUCUUCUUCUACAAGUCUCAGCUGGACAUCCACCGGCGCAGCCACACGGGUGAGCGGCCCUUCAGCUGUGCAAGCUGUGGACGUGGCUUCAUGCAGCCGUCGGACCUGCGCGUGCACCAGCGGAUCCACAACAACCAAAGGCCCUACAGCUGCAGUGUCUGCGGGGCCACAUUCACGCACCAGUCCACACUCACCGGCCACAUGCGCAUGCACACCCAGGAGCGGCCCUUCGCCUGCGACCAGUGCGGGCAGCUCUUCAGCCAUCGCGGCAACCUCAACGUGCACCUGCGCACCCACUCAGGCCUCAAACCUUACUCGUGCCCCGUGUGCAGCCGCGACUUCCGCCAGCUGGGCACCUUCAAUCGCCACAAGAAAACGCACCUGUGCCAGGACGCCCCAGAGGGCCCGGAGACCUCCGUUCCUCAGGCCAACCUCUCUGAGCCGCUUGACAGGCCGCCGGCUCCAGGUGCUUCCUCUGCUGCUGCAGAUGACAAAUCCGAGGUUACAGAGGGUGGCCUGAGACCAUAG